AAAUAUCAUUGCGCAAGGGCAGCACAAGGAACAUAUCUCUCAACUUUACCACGUUAAAUUCUCAAAUAUGAGCAGUUUCCAAUCUUCAUCGUUCGUUCGUUAACGGUCAACGCAGAUCCUGAUGUCAUUAGACCAAUUUACUGCUCAACGGCAUAACGUUAAGAGCGUCCCGGUGAAAUUUUAAAUCGAUUCUUAGCAACAAUUAUCCCUGUCUGAUACGACCGGCACAUCCUUCCAGCUGUUCCAGCUGAUGCCACCAAAGAGCACCAAGAAACAGGUGUUAUGUCCAGGAGCGUGAUACGCAGUACUAUUUGCGUUCUAAAUUUGAUACAUGCGAAGGUGUAACGAUUAUUCCGAGUGUGAUGCUGGAGCUGAAUAAAGAAACAUAUCAUAUGGUCGAUUUUGAAGAAGAGUGAACACAAGCUCAAAUCAUGCCAAAAUUGCGCCAACCGGAAACUCUGGAGAAACUCGCCCUUAAGCAAACCCCCGUUUGGCUCUGUCACAUGAUCGAACUGUCGAUUCCGAUUAUGCUCAAUUUGACUAGAACGGACAACGAGGAAGCAGCCAAAUUCCUGAGAGCAAUCGCCUUCGAGUUGCGCGACGAAUUCGAUCACUGUAUUCCGGCUCACUUGUACGACGAGAUGGGCAAGGAGUUGAUAGUUCAAAUUUCCAAUUUAAUUGAACGAUUCAAACAAGCGCUCGAUGUUCGACCACUGAUGUCGAAAUUUCUCACGCAGGUUAACGUUGCGAUUACGUUGUCUGAGGUGCUUCUAUCUAGGAAGAUGAGAGUGUUAAAGAUUGAGGAUCUGCCGAAAAUUAUGCGACAUAUAUUUUGCACGAAGCUGGAUUACAUUAAAGGUUUAAGGUGUUUGAGCUUGGGAUCAAUGAGUGGUGGUUGGAAGACACGUGAAAUGGAGAGUACGAUCGUGAAAGGACUCAGUACAAUGAGAAACUUGAAGGCGUUAACGCUGAACUAUGAUUGCACAGAUACGAUACUGCUAGCCCUGAUCGAAAGCUGUCCGAAUCUUGAAUAUGUGGACUUUUCGAGUUCUAAGUAUAUAACUAAUGAUAGUAUUGAUAUUCUGGUCCGACUCGAGAAGCUCAAGGUUGUUCUACUUUCCCGUACGCAAGUCACGUUAUCUGGAAUAAUAAACCUGUUGGUGAAUGGCAGGAAUCUUGUUGACAUAGGAAGGUAUGAUGAUCUCGGAAUAUGUCUGGAAUACAUUGACCAGGAGUAUCCAGAAAUUGGUUUUUUGAAACUCCAAAAAUUCGAAACUCGUUCGGCAAAAACCCGCCACAUACAGCUUCUAGCAGAAUUUUGUCCUGAUAUGCAGCACGUAUCAAUCUUCCAUAAUUUGUUUUUGAUGGACCUGAUGGCAUUGGUCGCUAUAAAUAACCUCACAGAACUGUCUCUCUUGUCAUGUGAUUUCUUUGCCGAUCAAGUUCGAGAACUACUUCAAGUUAAAGGGUGUAAUCUAACACACCUCCACCUCGAACAUGUAGAUCAAAUCGACAAGAAUGCACUCACCUGCAUGAGUCAAUAUUGUCCGGAUUUGAAGACACUGUCUUUGUACAAUUGUGUGAUGAUUCCGUUUACAUCGAUAUACAAUCGCCGGUAUACCAUACCUCCUUUCAUGAAUCUGGAACGGUUGGUUUUCGUUUGCGACAGUCUUUCGCAUCAUCUUGAAUUCAUUCUAGCGACGGCAUUAAGAAUCAGGUUUAUACAACUUGGCAUGCAAACGUACACCAACGAUGAAACGUUUGAAAGAAUCUUCACGACUAAUCCGUUGCAGUGUCUGGAGGAUAUACGAAUCAUCCAUUCAGAGGACUUGACCAUCGAAACAGCCUACAGACUGGUGAAUAACUGUCCCAAUUUGUCGUUGCUCAACGAGAUAGAGUGCUGGCAGAAGGUGAAGGAGUACGAAAUCGUUCAACUCCGCCAGAUGAUAAAGGAGAGAAACUACGCGGUUCACACUGCUCCACUUAGAAAAUAUGCUCAAGAGUAGAUUAGGUUAACGAAUUUGUUGAUAUUUGCUGCUGUUAUAUUAUUUAUAUUUACAGGAUUAGUAUUUUUUGUAAAUAAAUAUGGGUUGUCCAAUGUUAUUCCUACAUAGUUCGGUUAA